CCCUCUCUCACUUUAGUUCGCCUCCCCCACCCUCUUUCUUGCAGUGCUUAUUUUUUUUUAACGAGAUAGACGAAAUCGGAAAUUAAAUCUAAUACUCUCCAAAUCAACUCCAAAAAGUACAAAUAAAAUUAGAACAGCAACGACAUAAUUGUUAGAGGCAAAACUAAGCAGAGUGGACAGAGAGGUAUAGAGAUAAAAUGUUUACUAAAACGAUGUUCCAAACACUUAUUUUUGGAAUAGCAAUGUACAUUACGUGUAUAUCCCCUUGCACUAACUUCAGCUAUAACUCAACAAACUACGAAGUUCGGAGCAUAACUGCGCCACUUACUUGGUUGGAUGUCAACAGUAUUUGCAAAUCUUUUGGCGGACAGCUUGUGAGCCUCAAUACACCAGAUGAAUAUGCUGCUCUAUUAUAUUUUCUGCAAACAAAUUGUCACGUUGGUAUUUACGCAAUCGGGUUAUCCCGACAGCCUGGUCUUGAUAGGUACGUAAGUGCAAAUUGGAUAUGGGAAUCGGGAGAAGCGUAUGAGGGGCAGAUUAAUUGGGAGGGGCGAGAUCCUGGUUGUUCGAAUUCGAAACAUUGUGUAGUACGAAUGCUUUCGAAGAAUGGAAAUUUCCGUGACUUCAGUGCAACCAGGGAUCUCAGCAAGACUACUACACGUGGAUAUAUUUGUGAGAAACACGUCAAUCAAAAUUCAACUUAUUUCAAAACGACGCUGCCGCUCACUGGAUGUCGUCAUCACGAUGCUGUUGGUGCGAUGAGUGCUCAAUGCUUUCGAUGCGCACUUAAAUGCUUCAAAGACGAUGAAUGCCUUGCGUUUAAAUAUGACGAUGUUGGAGGAUGCCAGGUAAAAUCAGACUUGAUGGAAAAUACAGAACUUUAUUAUACUCGAUUGUGGGUCUAAUGUAGGCCAGCAGCACAUAAUAACGUCUUUAACCUUGUUUAUCGUGGCUAAAAUGUCCUAUUACACAAUACGUGCUUACUAUAGCAUCAUAAACCAACAGCGUAUCUAGUUAAUAUUAAAUCCUUAUGAUCGUACUGAGCAACUACUAACAACUCAUCAGUGGUCUUAAAGAACGUUUGUAAAUACAACCGUCGGCUACUAAAUCAGAAAUAUAACAACUCAGAAUACGAGGUGUUACAGGCCUGUGUAUAAGAUUCAUCGUAUAAAUUACUCUAA